CCCGCUCCCCCGCCGCUCCCCCUUCGCUCCUUCCCGUUCCCUCCCGUUCCCUCCCCGCCUCCCUGCGCAGCGCGAACAUGGCGGCGGCGGCGGCGGCGAGGGACUGAGCAGCGCCAGCGCUCGGCGGCCGCGCAGGUUUUGCUAUGCCGCAGUGUUUGUACUGACUCUGCUGUCUUGUAGGAGUGAUGGGGAACUAGAGCCCAUGACAGUUCAGUGGGGCCCUUGGCACUUUUGAUAUCUCGACAUCUUCAGUUCUGUAAGAGCAGCCCAGUCCCAGGAUAAGGACAGCAGCAGGUGGUAGAAUGCGGAAACCAGGCCCUCAGAAAGCCAUAGACUGGAAAGAUGGUAAAAAGCACAAGUACAGCCGCCCAUCAGAGUCUCCCUCCCAGUACCAAGGUCACUUCACCUGGGAGAAGUACCUGAAAGAGACAUGUGCCAUCCCAGCUCCUGCCCAUUGUUUCAAGCAGUCCUACACUCCACCUGCAAAUGAGUUCAAGAUCAGUAUGAAGCUGGAGGCCCAGGACCCCCGGAACACCACGUCCACGUGCAUCGCCACCGUGGUGGGGCUGACGGGCGCCCGCCUGCGCCUGCGCCUCGACGGCAGCGACAACAAGAACGACUUCUGGAGGCUGGUGGACUCUGCUGAGAUCCAGCCCAUUGGGAACUGUGAGAAGAAUGGAGGGAUGCUGCAGCCUCCACUGGGCUUCCGGCUGAAUGCCUCCUCCUGGCCCAUGUUCCUUCUGAAGACUCUGAAUGGAGCAGAGAUGGCUCCUGUCCGGAUUUUUCACAAGGAACCACCAUCUCCUUCCCAAAACUUCUUCAAGACAGGUAUGAAGCUGGAGGCAGUGGACAGGAAGAACCCUCACUUCAUCUGCCCGGCCACCAUUGGGGAGGUGAGAGGUUCUGAGGUCCUCAUAACAUUUGAUGGCUGGAGAGGUGCCUUCGAUUACUGGUGCCGAUAUGAUUCCCGGGACAUCUUUCCCGUAGGCUGGUGUUCGCUGACUGGAGAUAAUCUGCAGCCCCCUGGUACAAAAGUUGUGAUUCCAAAGAGCCCUUUACCUGCCUCCGAAGUAAACUCGGAGAAACCUAGCAUGCACAGUAGCACAAAGACUGUUUUGGGGCAUCAACAAGGGCAAAGGCGUCGCAAAACAGGGAAGAAGCGUGGUCGAACGACCAAAGCGCUAAUCCACCACCCCAUGCCUACACCCUCCAAGUCAGUGGAGCCUUUGAAAUUCCCCAGAAAGAGAGGCCCCAAGCCUGGCAGUAAGAGGAAACCUAGGACAUUGCUGAACCCAGCACCCACCUCUCCAACAACCAGUACCCCAGAGCCAGACACAAGCACUGUGCCCCAGGACGCUGCUACAAUCCCCAGCUCUGCCAUGCAGGCUCCCACAGUUUGCAUUUACUUGAACAAGAACGGCAGCACUGGGCCCCACCUAGACAAGAAGAAAGUUCAGCAGCUGCCAGACCAUUUUGGACCAGCUCGAGCUUCUGUUGUCCUGCAGCAAGCAGUACAGGCCUGCAUUGAUUGUGCUUAUCAUCAGAAAACAGUCUUCUCCUUCUUAAAACAAGGCCACGGGGGAGAGGUCAUCUCAGCUGUGUUUGAUCGGGAACAGCACACUCUGAACCUGCCAGCAGUAAACAGUAUCACCUACGUCCUCCGCUUCCUGGAGAAGCUGUGCCACAAUCUGCGCAGUGACAACCUCUUUGGGAACCAGCCUUUCACUCAGAACAGCCACAUGCAGCGCUCACACGAGUACGACCACGACAGGUAUCUACCAGACAGAAGCAGCUCGUUAGACGGCUCUCUGCAGGGACCAGGCCGGGGUACAAAGCGCUUUUCCCAAGACCCCCCUCCAUACAGUGCUCCUCUGUCCCCCAAGUUACCAAAGAAUGACCGUCACCCUUUGGAAGGUGAAACCUUUGUCCUGGGAGAUGGCCUCCCAGGGCCCUUAGAGCCUCGCCUGGACCCCAUGGACUCUGCCUUGAACUCUGUCAAUUCAUCCAGCCACAGCAGGAGCUCCAGAGACUUUCGCCUGCCAGGAUACAGGCACCUGCAGCAGCCCUCUAGCCUCAGCCAGGGCAGCACCUCUGCCCUGCGCAGGCCUGGCUCUGGGGGCUCGGACAGGUACCCCAGCUCCAGGGACGCCUCCCGGCUCAGCAGCCGGGACCCCUCGUCCUGGACGGUGGAGGAGGUGAUGCAGUUCAUCCGUGAGUCAGACCCUCAGCUGGGCCCCCACGCUGACCUCUUCCGAAAACACGAGAUCGACGGGAAAGCGCUGCUCUUGCUGCGGAGCGACAUGAUGAUGAAGUACAUGGGGCUGAAGCUGGGGCCUGCCCUGAAGCUCACUUACCACAUCGACAAGCUAAAGCAAGGCAAGUUCUGAGAGGACUCCUGGCAGGAUGGAUCCUGGAAGCUCCGCUCCGGCCGCCCCACCCGCGCUCACCUGCCGACAGGUUCGCAUGCACACGCCCCCUCCGCCGCAGCAGAGACACUCCCGGCCCCGACAGCGCCCAGGAGGAGCCCGGCACAGCUCCUGUGGGCAGCUGUGGGCCUUGGAAGCGGAGGGUUUCUUCCCUGCUGCCAGCCAGCACUUCUCUUCCCUGGGAUGGAGCAGCUCCAGGCAGUGCCCGGGCACUGGGUGUUUGCCUCGGCUCCUCCGCUCUCACCGUGGCUCUGCGCUCCUGCUGGGGCAGCCCUGGGCACCGAGCCUGCCCGGGCUCCAGGGGCAGCCCUGGGCACCGAGCCUGCCCGGGCUCCAGGGGCUCCAGGGGCACCGAGCCUGCCCAGCCUGGCGGGGCUCGGUGCCCCCAGCCUGUCCUCAGCCCUGUGCAGCACAGCGAGCUCAGAGCUGUGACCAGCCAGCCCUGUCUCCCACUGGGGCAGCCCAUCCACCCCGCUCUGCCUGCCCCCAGCUCCUGCCCUGCCUCCAGCUGGGCACACCGGGCCUUCAAUGUAUUCCAACCUGGGGAGGCUGUGUGGGAGCACGGAGAGAGCAGGGGGAGCUGAGGAGUGGGGCUGGGCCUGGCGUGCCCCUGGCACAGAUGGGCCUGGGCUGGUGUUGGAGGUUGCCUGGAUGCUGCAGGACUCAGCUGAUCCUUCUCGCCUUUUUUUUUCUUUUUUUUUUUUUUCAUUUGGAAUUUUUUUUUUUACUAAGGAGUUUCAAACUAUGAGAUGAUUUUUCUACCUGUGUUGAACUCGCAGCUGUUGGUGAUUUUUAGCCAGAGCUGCUAAGGUUUGUCUUCCCAGGGGCACUCCUGCUCCUCUAGAGUUUGUCCCAGCUCAGCGUGUGUGAGGGUUUUGGGUCUGGCCAGAGCAUCCCAGGGUGGUGACCUGUCCUGGCAUCGCUCUUCCUGUGAGGGCUUUGCCCUUCCCGAGGCACCUGUUGGUCUCAGGCAAUUUAAUGUAUUUAUUUUUGAUGGCACUUGAGUGCUUCCCGUGGUCCCAGAUACGUUUCUGCAGCUGCAGGAGGAGUGUCGGAGUGGAGCCACCAGCUGUGUCACCGCAGUGUCCCCCGGACAGCAGCUGCAUCACUGUCACCAGCCUGGCCUGAGUGGGACAGGGGUGACAGUCCCCAGUGUGUGCCCCCAGCUCAGCACACUUCCUCUGCAGUGACCCAAGGGCUGGGACGGAAUCUCCACUCCGAGCACUUCUGUUCCCAGCCCACCUCUGCAUCCGGAGCUCCCGGCUCAGCCUCGAGGGCCUGGCCGGCAGCAGGACCGACCCUGUGGUGACCAACCCUCCAGGCUCUUGCACUGAGUCAGGUUUACCCCUAAGGGGCAAAGUUGCAAAAAAAAAAAAAAAAGAAAAAAAAGAAAAAAAAAAAUACCCCAACCCCCAAAGUAAUAAAAAGGCAAAAUGGCUUUUUGUCCUGUAGCUCAGCCUGUGCCAGCCCGGGGCUGGGGCCCCUCGGUGUGAGCCGGCCCCGGCGGGGUCAGCCAGUGCUUUCCUCUGCACUUAUUUUACCUUGAUUUGUUUAUAAAUAAAAGAAUACCAAGUUCCUGGC